AAGGACAACAGGCAACAACAGAAGAACAGAAGCCUUUCUUACAUUUAUCUUCCUGCGCACUUCAAUAAAGAAACUUCCAGAAAGUCAUGGAGCCUAAAAUGAUUGAAAUGGCAGCCCUGGGAAGGGCCCUGUAUCCUGGCAUGCUGUAUGACUGCCGCAGAGAUUCUUUCAUUCCAGGUGUUACUCUAUGGGAUAAACAGUCUUUGUCCAAGGAUUUGGAUGUGCAUCGACAGCCCAAGACUGAUCUGAAAUUUGUUGCUUCUGACUCACUCCGGGAUAAGACCAGCGUCCUUGAUGUCAGCGCCUCCCUCAAAGCCAGCUUUCUGGGUGGUUUAGUGGAGGUUGGAGGCUCAGCCAGAUAUUUGAGUGACAAGAAGUCCUCAGACCGUCAGUCUAGAGUUACUAUGCAGUAUAGCCAGACAACAAGAUUUGAGCAACUUACUAUGACCCAGCUGGGCAAAAUCUCCUACCCUGAGGUGUUUGAGCAGAAGACCGCCACUCAUGUUGUUACAGCUGUACUGUAUGGAGGUCAGGCCUUCAUGGUGUUUGACAAAACAGUGUCAGAGAAAGAGGACAAACAAGAGGCUGAGGGAAAUCUAAGGGUAAUGGUUAAGAAGAUCCCCCAAUUUUCCAUAGAGGGGGAAGGAGCUCUGAAGAUGAAUGAGAAUGAGAAAAAAAUGGCUGAUAAUAUCAGCUGUACGUUUUAUGGUGACUAUGAGCUCCAGGAGAACCCCACUACAUACAUGGAAGCCUUGCAGCUUUACAAGAAGCUGCCAUCUUUGCUGAGGCAGAGGGAGAAUGAUGCUGUGCCUGUGAGGGUUUGGCUCUAUCCCCUGGCACGUUUGGACAGUAAAGCAGCUAAGCUGGAGAGAGAAAUUGGAGAAACACUUGUAGCUAAAGUUGAAGUCUUGUUGGAGGAGCUGGGAGAUGCAGAGAGACGGUGCAAUGAUCUGGGUCAGAACACAACAGUAAAUGAUUUCCAGGAUGUGAGAGAAAGGCUGCAAACAUUUCAGGAAUCAUUUGGUAUCUACAAAUUGUUGUUACAAAAAGCUGUGGCCACUGUCCUUCCUGCUAUUCGGGGUGGGCAGGCAAAAGACAGUUCACUGGCUGACAUUCUGACUACCCAUGCCAACUCCCCCUUUAGGGCUAGCAAGCUAAAGCAGUGGUUAGAGAAUGUUAAUGGUGAAGUAGAUGUGCUGAGUUCCUACACCAGGGAACUGAAUGAAGUCCCGGUAAUCACAUCCUCAGCCCAGUUCAAAAGCAUCCUCUUCAAUCCCACGGUGGACACAGUCAUAUGCUUCUCCUUCACUUCUGUGAAGUAUGAAGAUCCAUAUCUGCAAACCGUAACAGAGUUCCUGAUAGCAGAUCCAUUUGAGAAGCAAUCAACAGUUCAGAAAUCAAGUGACCAAGACAUCAAGCCUUGGUUCAGCAAUCCUGAAAUAUCUAAAAAGAUGAAAGAGAACCUUUGCCUCUUCAAAAGUUUUUUUAAUGCCAAUAAGGAUAAGAAGACAACCAGGUUUGUCAUUUCAUCAAUCUCAGACCCCUCCAAUCCUGGCAUCUCCAUCCGCCUGUAUAAACAAGAGAAAGUGGAUGACCGCUUUCAACCAGUGUCCAAGCCUCCUGCUCCCAGUGUGGACAUUCAGAAUAGGAAUGUGAUUCUGAAGCUUCAGAAGUCCCCAACUGGAGUGACAACGCGGUACAGAGUAGAAUACAAAGUAACACAGCCCAGUGCUUCAGGAGCUGAUGGUGGCACUUGGCAGACCAUAGACACUCCAGAUACAAAGGAAACCUUCAUAUUAACUGGACUGCAGCGGGCCAAGCAAUUCUGGGUCCGGUACAGAGCAGUCAGUGAUGGUGGAGUGAGUGAAGUCAGUGAAUCUGUCCAGUUCUCCUUUGAAGGGAAGGUCACCGUUCCAAUGAACAAGUCAUGGAACUGGACCUCUUUCUCCCUCUUUAAUGAACUAAGGAAGAAAAUAAUGACCAACUUGGGCAUCUCACGGUGGAAUCUAUCGACCAUCAUGUCAGAAGUUUCAAAUCAGCUCACCGAUAUUUGCAUUCCUUUUGUGGGCCCAAUUCCUGGAGGGCUGAGACCAGGAAUGGCUCUGUACUUCCAAGGGGUUGUUAAUCCAGAUGCCAACAAUGUAGUCAUAAAUCUUAAGCUUGGACCGAAAGAUGGCGAUGACAUUGCUUUUCACUUCAACGCCCGUAUCAACAAUUCAGUGGUUCGUGACAGCUGCAGGAACGGAAAGUGGGAGGGUCCAGAAGAGACUCAAUGGUGUCCCAUCGUGAGGGGAUCAGCUUUUGAUAUCUUCAUUGUUGUCAAAGCAGAUGGCUAUGAGGCAUAUGUAAAUGGCCAGAAGAAUUGCUUCUUCAAGCACCGAAUGCCAGUUGAGAAAGUGACCACACUUAACAUCAAAGGAGAAGUCAUCAUGAACACCAUUGGUUAUGUAGCAAACUGGAGCACAUCCACUUUUGGUAAGGAACAAAGCCCAGGAGUCUCACGUGGGAAGUUUUCCCAAUUCCAGUUGGGAGUCCCAUAUCCACUGUCCUACGCUGGCAUGUCCAGUGUGGCACCACUCACUGGAGGGCUGAAAACUGGAAUGGCUUUGUUCCUCCAAGGUCUUGUUCCUUCAGAUGGCGAAAGCUUCACAAUAAAUCUGAAGGCUGGGCAAAGGGAAGGAGAUGACAUCGCAUUCCACUUCAACCCCCGUGUUGGGACAGGAUCUGUUGUGCGCAACAGCUUCAGAAACGGGCAGUGGCAGAAUCAAGAAGUGACCUCAGGGGGCCCAUUUGUGAAAGGAGGAGCCUUUGAUUUGUUCAUCGUUGUUAAACCAGAAGGAUAUGAGGUAAUUGUGAAUGGGUACGUCUUCUGUAUGUUCUUGCACCGUAUGCCAGUGGAGAGCGUGUCUGCGCUUAAUAUCCGUGACGACGUUUUCAUGACCAACUUUGGCCUCAUUGAAGUGGACAAUGUUAAUAUGAAUGUCACCAUGCCUGCCCAUAUUUGAGGAUACUAAUCAUCUCCAUUAAGUUUUUUUUUUUUUUGUUCUGUCCUGAUCACAGAAUAAUAGGGUAAAAGGGGGCUAACAAAAUAUGCAGAGAAAAGAUGGACUAGUCUGUAAUUGUAGAACUGUAAUUG